AUGGUCGAAACUCGCACUGUUUCUCAACGUCUUGGGUGUUGUGCGUGGCCGCCCGGAGCGCGGUUUGCCACGCACUCCGCCGCACUCAAGGAGGAGCCGCACUCAAGGAGGAGCCGCACUCAAGGAGGAGGCGCACUCACUCAAGGAGGAGCCGCACUCAAGGAGGAGCCGCACUCAAGGAGGAGGCGCACUCAAGGAGGAGCCGCACUCAAGGAGGAGCCGCACUCAAGGAGGACCCGCACUCAAAAAGGAGCCGCACUCAAGGAGGAGCCGCACUCAAGGAGGCGCACUCAAGGAGGAGCCGCACUCAAGGAGGCGCACUCAAGGAGGAGCCGCACUCAAGGAGGAGCCGCACUCAAGGAGGAGCCGCACUCAAGGAGCCGCACUCAAGGAGGAGCCGCACUCAAGGAGGCGCACUCAAGGAGGAGCCGCACUCAAGGAGGCGCACUCAAGGAGGAGCGCACUCAAGGAGGAAGCCGCACUCAAGGAGAGCGCACUCAAGGAGGGGCCGCACUCAAGGAGGAGCCGCACUCAAGGAGGAGCCGCACUCAAGGAGGAGCCGCACUCAAGGAGGAGCCGCACUCAAGGAGGAGCCGCACUCAAGGAGGAGCCGCACUCAAGGAGGAGCCGCACUCAAGGAGGAGCGCACUCAAGGAGGAGCCGCACUCAAGGAGGAGCCGCACUCAAGGAGGAGCCGCACUCAAGGAGGCGAUCAAGAGGAGCCGCACUCAAGGAGGCCGCACUCAAGGAGGAGCCGCACUCAAGGAGGAGCCGCACUCAAGGAGGCGCACUCAAGGAGGAGCCGCACUCAAGGAGGAGCCGCACUCAAGGAGGAGGCGCACUCAAGGAGGAGCCACACUCAAGGAGGAGCCGCACUCAAGGAGGAGCCGCACUCAAGGAGGAGCCGCACUCAAGGAGGAGCCGCACUCAAGGAGGAGGCGCACUCAAGGAGGAGCCGCACUCAAGGAGGAGCCUCACUCAAGGAGGAGCCGCACUCAAGGAGGAGCCGCACUCAAGGAGGAGCCACACUCAAGGAGGAGCCGCACUCAAGGAGGACCCGCACUCAAGGAGGCGCACUCAAGGAGGAGCCGCACUCAAGGAGGAGCCGCACUCAAGGAGGAGGCGCACUCAAGGAGGAGCCACACUCAAGGAGGAGCCGCACUCAAGGAGGAGCCGCACUCAAGGAGGAGCCGCACUCAAGGAGGAGCCGCACUCAAGGAGGAGCCGCACUCAAGGGAGGAGCCGCACUCAAGGAGGAGGCGCACUCAAGGAGGAGCCGCACUCAAGGAGGAGCCUCACUCAAGGAGGAGCCGCACUCAAGGAGGAGCCGCACUCAAGGAGGAGCCACACUCAAGGAGGAGCCACACUCAAGGAGGAGCCGCACUCAAGGAGGAGCCACACUCAAGGAGGAGCCGCACUCAAGGAGAAGCCACCGCCUGCCUCGGCUCCGGAAGCGUCCGCCGAGCGCCGUGA